AUGAUCCACUGUAUUCUUGUACUGUUUUCUGGAACCAUACCUGGAAGAGGAAACCUUUUGGAGUGCCUGAUUGGUGAUAUGGAAGAAGUAGAAAGACAAAGUGACCCUUGUACUCUAAUAGCAUCAUCUGAAUCUGCUGAGAUAAAGGUUUUGUUUUUCGCCCGGGCAAGGGAUCUGACUGGCUUAACUGACAUGGCAUUGGAAGUUUCACCGGGGGCUACGGCGCGAGACUGCUUAAACAAGGUGAUUGCUCAAUUCCCCGGGUUGGAAGAGAUUAGAGGAUGUAUGGUCCUAGCUUUGAACGAGGAAUACAUCCAAGAAGAGACAACUACUUUUGUGAAAGACAAAGAUGAAUUAGCUAUCAUACCGCCCAUCAGUGGGGGGUAG